GGUGUCUAUCGGCGCCACACUCGCUCGGUCAUUAUACGUCCUCCGCUCCGUCUCCCACCGCACUCCUGUCUCCGGCGGCUUCCGCUACGGGCCCUCCGACUGUGAAUGUGGAUUGAUUCUAUCGGUUCCGGGUCCACAACGGGCUCAGUGGAUGGGUGUGUGUUCUGUCAGUGUCCAGGGGAGUAGCCAGGCCAGCCGGACGGUCUGAUUCCGAGCGACUCGUCAGGCGACGUAAUAGUCCGACGCAGGCCGUUACGGCUUCAUGAGUCCAUUUGCGACCGAUACUCAAUAUUCAAUAUCAGGUCAUGCACCAAGGUGCGCUCCUUGGAAUUCCAGCACGUCCCCGUGCCGAUCCCGUCAUAUGCAUGGCGCGCAACCGCAUAUCCGGAUAUGAUUGCGAACGGUGGAUAUCCCGAUCCCUCGUGCGUGCCCAGGAGCGUCCGCGCUACCUGCGUAGCAAUCUUGCCGCCCGCGCGCUUCGUGGACCGUGCGCCGUGUACGCAUCCAAAGUGCGGGACAUGCCUUUUAGCCCGCUUGAGCCUGAGAGAGCCCACGCUGUCGGGUACCUUCUGGAACGCAACCUGGACGGUCUGGGUGUUUUGGUGUUACGGUAACUGUCCUAUUACCUUCUACCAGCUUCAAGGCUAAUGAUAACGAGGGUGAC